GAAAAACAAGUCAAGGAGAGGAAUACGUGGACGGAUUGGGAAGCUGUGGAGACGGGGUGUCAGACGGACGGUCCGGCGGUGUUGGACGUCCGGUCCGAGCCACUGAAGAUGGCGGUCAUUAAACCGGACAGUGCAGACAGGGAGGCUCUGGAGGACCGGGAUCCUAAUAACUUGAAUACGCAUGUGCAGAUAGUAUGGGACGACAUAAUCGGCGAGCCAGAAGGUGCGCGUAGCCCAGAAUGCGCGUGGAGACUCAGCAAUGCGUGCUUCAAGCAUACUCGGAAUUGGUGUUACACGUUACUUGCUGUCCUUAUAGCACCGCCGUGUGCACUAAUACUAGGCUGCGGAUUCGCCUGUUUGGCUUUUGAGCAAAUCUGGUGCACAGGACCAUGUCUACGCUGCGUGAAGAUCUACUUCGCCUCAUUCCGUACCAUCGUGCAAUCCUGCAUGGCUGCCACUGUGGUACCCGCUUGUGAAGCCAUCGGGCAUGUUUGUCGACAUAUUCGCGUUAACUUCAGGAAAGAAGCCCCGGAUGAGACAGACAUGCUGGUCGUUUAACUUUA